CAAACCCGUGAGCUUCCUCUUCCCCUUCCUCUUCCUCUCUUCUUCUCCCGCUGCAGCUGCUGGCCUAGGGUUUCCAAUCAGUCGUCUUCCUCCCUCCUCCUUCUCCUCCUUCUUCCACCAGUCGAAUCUCUCCAGAAACGCCACGUCCCGGCGAUCCGGAUUGCUCCAAUCGCCGGCCGACGAACGAUUCUGGAAACCCUGAUUGACUCCGAGUGUCCGCCGGCGACACGUGGUUCCGGCAUCCUCAUGCGAGGAUGAGCUCGUUCUCCAUUACCCGCAAGAAGACGCCCUUCCAGAAGCACCGCGAGGAGGAAGAGGCGAAGAAGAAGAGGGCCGAAGAUGAGACGGCUCGCCUCUACGCCGAAUUCGUGGAGUCCUUCCAAGGGGACAAUGCGCCCGGGUCGAAGGCGUUCGUUCGAGGAGGGCUGAUCAAUCCGAACGAGCGGGCGAAGGCCGAUUCCGAAGGUGAAAAGUCCAAAGAUGGGAUGCCUGUUCCAAAGAAGGGAAGUAGGUAUGUUCCUUCUUUCAUACCACCCCCUCUUUCAUCCAAAGGAAAAGAAACUGAAAAGAAGAAAGACGAGGAGAAGACAAAAGAGAGAGAGAAAGGGAAGUCACGAAACAUAGAUCAUUUCAUGGAGGAGCUGAAGCAUGAGCAAGAACUGAGGGAGAGACGGAAUCAAGAGCGUGAACAUUGGCGCGAUGGCCGCCCGAGUGAAAAUUCUGCUCCAUCUACCCGAUUUGAUGAACUGCCUGAUGAUCUCGAUCCAAGUGGAAGGUUUCCUGGAUCAUUUGAUGAUGGUGAUCCACAGACGACGAACCUCUAUGUUGGUAACCUUUCACCUCAGGUUGAUGAGAACUUCCUUUUACGGACCUUUGGAAGAUUUGGUCCCAUAGCAAGUGUAAAGAUAAUGUGGCCUCGGACAGAAGAAGAGAGAAGACGGCAGAGAAAUUGUGGAUUUGUGGCUUUCAUGAACAGAGCUGAUGCACAGGCCGCAAAGGACGAAAUGCAAGGUGUCGUUGUUUAUGAGUAUGAAUUGAAGAUUGGAUGGGGUAAAUCUGUGGCUCUCCCAUCACAAGCUCUUCCUGCUCCUCCACCAGGGCACAUGGCCAUAAGGAGUAAGGAGGGCGCAACAGUGAUUUUGUCUGGUCCAUCAGGUCCACCAGUUACCACAGUCCCUGCUCAGAACUCCGAGUUGGUUUUGACUCCUAACAUACCUGAUAUAACUGUCGUUCCACCGGAGGAUGAUCAUCUCCGGCAUGUGAUUGAUACAAUGGCAUUAUAUGUAUUGGAUGGUGGAUGUGCGUUUGAACAGGCUAUUAUGGAGAGAGGUCGUGGGAAGCAACUUUUCAGUUUCUUGUUUGAGCUUGGAUCUAAAGAGCAUACCUAUUAUAUCUGGAGGCUUUAUUCUUUUGCUCAGGGCGACACUCUUCAAAGAUGGCGAACAGAACCUUUCAUCAUGAUUACUGGUAGUGGAAGAUGGAUACCUCCACCCUUGCCUAUUGCCCGAAGUCCUGAACAUGAAAAAGAAUCUGGCACGACAUUUGCUGCUGGGAGAAGCAGGCGUGUAGAGCCAGAACGUACACUAACUGAUUCGCAGAGGGAUGAAUUUGAGGACAUGCUGCGUGCAUUAACGUUGGAGAGAAACUUGAUAAAGGAGGCAAUGGGUUUCGCUUUAGACAAUGCUGAUGCUGCCGGGGAGGUCGUUGAGGUUUUAACAGAAUCUUUAACACUUAAAGAGACACCUAUCCCAACUAAGGUUGCAAGGCUUAUGCUGGUUUCUGAUGUCCUCCAUAAUAGUAGUGCUCCUGUGAAAAAUGCUUCUGCAUACCGCACUAAAUUCGAAGCGACACUGCCUGACAUAAUGGAGAGCUUUAAUGAUUUGUAUCGGAGUAUAACUGGAAGGAUCACUGCCGAGGCCCUUAAGGAACGAGUCCUGAAGGUUUUGCAAGUAUGGUCAGACUGGUUUCUGUUUUCUGAUGCUUAUGUGAAUGGAUUACGGGCUACUUUUCUCCGAUUGAGUAAUUCUGGGGUGGUCCCUUUUCACUCUCUAUGUGGUGACACACCUGAAAUAGAAAAGAAAGCAAACUCAGAAGAGUCGGGUGAUGGAGUUAAGGUCAACCAAGAUGCUGCCUUGGCAAUGGGCAGAGGAGCUGCUACGCAAGAGUUAAUGUCUCUUCCCCUCGCUGAGCUUGAAAGACGCUGUAGGCAUAAUGGAUUGUCUCUUGUUGGUGGUAGAGAAAUGAUGGUUGCAAGGUUGUUAAGUCUUGAAGAGGCAGAGAGACAGAGGGGCUAUGAGUUAGAUGAGGACUUGAAAUUUAAGCAGAGAGCGAGCACUGGGAGAUAUUCAAGUGGUCAAAGAGAUAAUAAUGUUGAUGCUGGGCCUGUAGGAUUAACAGGAUGGGGUCGUUAUGGGGAGGAUGAGGUGGCUGCAAAAGGAGAAGAAUCUGUUACAUUGGCUUCAACCAUCCCAAUUCCACCACCUGAGCUGAAAGCUUUCACGAGGAAAGAGAAAAAUGAUCUUGUUUUGCCAUCUUCAAAGUGGGCUCGAGAAAAUGAUGAAAGCGAUGAUGAACCGGAAGGAGGUUCUAGAGGCCUAGGGUUAGGCUAUUCAUCAUCUGGAAGCGAGAAUGCUGGGGAUGCUCCUGGCGAUGUUGAUGGGAUUGAGUUGGCGGCUGAUUCAAGCAUUCCAUCUCAGUCAGACAGCGGAAUGAGUGAAGAGCAAAGACAAAAAUUGAGGCGUCUAGAGGCUGCUUUGAUAGAGUAUCGUGAAUCUCUGGAAGAACAUGGAAUCAAGAAUGUGGAAGAAAUCGAGAACAAAGUUGCCUUGCGCAGGAAACGGCUGGAGGUGGAAUAUGGAUUAUCAGGCUCUAGUGAUGGUGUUUCUGGGAACAGGAGAUCUUCAUCAGAGAGGAAGGACAGAAGAGAUAAUUCCCGUGACUCUUCCAGAAAACGUCAUCGUAGCCGAAGUCGCAGUGCUAGUCCACCUCGAAGAUCAUCUAACCGUGACAGAGAUGGUAGGAUGCAUCACUUAGACAGUGAAAGAAGUAGAGAUCGUGAGAAGAGUGGCAGCAGAGAGAGGGAUGAUUAUGACAAGGAUAGAGGUAGAGAGAGAGAGCGUGAUAGGAGAAGACGGACGUGAUCAAAUGGCAAUUUAUGGGUGGACUGAAAAAUGACAGCUUGGCCAUUAAUGACGGGCUAAAUUUCUGUCACAAAGUUGGUAUGCAGAAUCCAAGCGAAGUGGAGAUAGGACUGCAUUGUCACUUGACGCGUUUCGUAUCUUGUCCAUGUACAAGGAAAAUGUUAGGUCUUUUUCUCUGCAGUGGUUUGUUUGAAGAAGAAUGGUUUGCCAUUGAAAAUCCUGGUGUAGCCCUGUCAUGGGCCCUGUCAUGGGAUUAUUGCAUUUACUGAAGAGCACAAUUUAGUGAAUGGAGUCAAAUUUUGUAUAAUGUAAACUGCGGAUGUUCCGUGUUUCCCCCUAAUGAAUUGUUAGGAUUUCUUUUUCAGUA